AUGGCAUCAAAAACAGUCCCAGAAACCCCUUACUAUACCCUAGCAGAGGGCCAGCCUCUCGGAAAGAAUGAUACUUCAACCCAGAUACGCACCGGCAGCGGCGGUGGAUUUGUCCUGCUCACCUCGACCCAGCUAAUCGAAAACCUAGCACAUUUCGCUCGGGAGAGGAUCCCUGAGAGGAGUGUGCAUGCUAAAGCCGCCGGAGCGAGAGGCUACUUUGAGGUCACGGAUGAUAUAUCCGACCUUACUGACGCCGACUUCUUGACCGGUAUUGGCAAGAAAACCGAGACUCUUGUCCGGAUUUCCACCGUUGCUCCCGAGCGAGGCUCUGCGGAUACCGUGCGAGACUUUCGAGGCUUCGCUACGAAAUUCAAGACCGCACAAGGGAAUCAAGACUUUGUGUUCAAUAAUCAGCCGGUCUUCUUUGUUCGAGAUCCAACGAAAUUCCCAUCGUUAAAUCGUAGUCACAAACGGGAUCCCAGAACCAAUAUGGCUAGCUCGGACAUGUUCUGGGAUUUCCACGUCAAUAACCAGGAAAGCAUCCAUGCCUUGAUGUUCCUCUUCGGGGACCGAGGUCUUCCAUCCUCGGCACGACACGUCAACGCCUACAGCGGGAACACGUACAUGUUCACCAAGUCCGAUGGCUCGUACUGCUACGUCCGAAUACACUUCCUAACCAACCAGGGGGUUCACUACUUCACCGACGAAGAGGGGGCUAAGCUAGCUGGCUCCGAACCGGACAAGCAUCUCGCCGACCUCCAGGACUCAAUCGAGGCCGGAAACUUCCCCUCGUGGGACAUGUACGUACAAGCCAUCCGCCCCGAAGAGAUCGCCGACGCGCCCGUCGAUAUCUUCGACAUGACGAAGACGUGGCCCCUCGCGCGAUACCCGCGCCGCAAGGUCGGCCGCCUGGUGCUGGACAAGAACCCGUCGAACUGGUUCGCGGAGGUCGAGCAGGCCGCCUUCAGCCCGAGCAACAUGGUGCCCGGCAUCGCGCCGAGCCCCGACCCGAUGCUGCAGGUCCGCAUGUUCGCGUACCCGGACGCCGCGCGCUACCGCCUCGGCGUCAACUACCAGUUCCUGCCGACGAACGCGCCGGCGAGCGGGGCCUGCUGCCCCAUCGAGCGGGACGGGCUCAUGAACUUUACGCCGAACUACGGGGGCGACCCGAAUUACGUGGGGACGAGGCUUAAGCCGGUGAAGUUCCUUCGCGGCGGAAAUCGGAGUGGCCAGGACGGGGUGGCAGAUGGUGAUGGUGAUGGUGAGGAGCAUUCGAAGGGAAGUGAGAGAAGGCUUGACCGUGCGCUGCCGGGGAGCGGAGUCCCCGUGGUGUUCUCCUCGGAGGUCACGGAUAAGGACUUCGAGCAGUCGACGGCGCUAUGGCAUGUGAUGGGGACGCAGGAGGGCGCACAGCAGCGGCUCGUGGGCAAUUUAUCCGCUCACAUUAGCGCUGCGCAGACGCAGUGGAUCAGAGACGAUGUCUACGCGAUGUUCGCGAGGGUCGAUGGAAGACUGGGAGAGCUACUGAAGAGCACGACAGAGGCUGCUGUCAUGGCUAAACUUGGAGAGAACCUUCGUGCGAUAGAGGGUCACUAGGAUACAAUGUCCUACUAGUUUUUUAUUAUUUUGUUGUCAAACUAUGACCUCGAAUAGUCGAAUGUGUCUGGGAGGAUAUAUUGAAAAGGCCUAUACUGGGCUGAGACUACCCCUUUUUUUCAGUCAGGACAAUCUCC